UUUGGGGCAAUUUGCAAUGCUACAAAACAGUCAUCUCCACCAUCUAGCUGGUGCCGCGCGAAGCGCGGCAUCCCACUGUAUUAGCCUUUUUGUUAUGACAGUACUACUCGCACUCGUCCCCGGGCUAACUUUAUUUUCAUAAACGUGUACUGCAUGCUCCACACCAUGGGACCGAUGUUGCAUUACGGGGAUUUCCCGUGUGAGUAACACGCGAGGAACAUUUUUGUUUGUGAGAAAUCAACGUCAGGUGACGCAUUAAUCGUGAGCUCCAUAAAGUACAUGUAUAAACAUCGGAUUAUACCCCACCAUAGCUCAGGAAUAUCCUGGAAAUCGUCAACUGGAUGUUAGGAGUCGCCAUGGACUGAGUAGUUGACAGGAAUCGCAAACUCCUGACCUGCGGUGUGACAGCUAAUUAGCCAUGGCUGCCUUCCACGGGGCAAAUCCGGUCAAGCGCAAGUCCAAGCGGCAGGUCGGAGCGAUGAUUUUCCCAGAAAAACUUGAACUACAGAUCCUGAAUUUGGUGUGCAUGUACGGGGGAAGUGUCAGCCUGACUGCCCUCAACGAAACCUUGAUGCAAGAAGGAUGGACGGGUCUAUCAGACAGGGCGUUGCGGCAGUUCAUGACCCACAGCUCCCCGCACAACAUCAAACUCUUUCACCUUGAGGAGGAUCCGGUGCGGAACGAGUGCACAGUCAGGGUCAAGACAGACGCUGUACUGUGCGAAACAUACGAUCCCCGACAGGACACUUGUGAGGAAGGCAGUGACUGUGAGUCCUUCCACUUAUGCAGUCACUUCGUCUUGGGCAGUUGUGAGAGAGGUAGAAAGUGCGUCUAUCCUCAUCACCUGCGGAGCCCCCACAACGAUACCAUCUUGUUUGCGAAUGGAUUGGAACAGCUCGAUGAUGGACACAUCUUUCAGAUAUUCCGACAGAGCUGGAUUAAGAUCACCGUGCCUGACGUUUGUAGACAUUACAAUACCCAAACUGGAUGCACCAAGGCAGACUGUCAGUUCCUGCAUGUCUGUAGACAUUACAUUCUGGGAGACUGCAAAUUUGCCAGCCCGUACAGGAAACCCUGCUACUACUCGCACAAUGUGAAGGACCCCCAGCCAAUGAGUGUGUGGCGGAGGUUCCACAUCAACGCCGCUGCCAAACCCCCCGGGGAGCUGCUCCAGAUGUUGCUAGAGAAGAAGAGACAGGAGGAGCUUUCAGAUGCCGAGGAAGAAGAUGAUGAUUAUGAAGAUGAUGAUGAUGAAGAUUUCAAUUCGAUGAGAUCGCCUACAAGGAAAUCUAAAAAGACUGUUCCUGAUGUCUGCAUACAUUACAACAGGAAAGGUUGUAACAAGGGAGACAAGUGUCCGUACCUGCACAUCUGCAGGUUCUACGCCACUGGAAAUUGCCGAUUUACAGGCAAGUGCCGUCAUUCCCACAAUGCCAAGGGCUCCCAGCCAAUGGCUGUUUGGCAGGCAUUGGGCAUCGAUGCUCGAAGCAAGACCCAAGAAGAACUCCUGGCCCUUAUCCAGACAAACAACCCUUCCGCUGCUCAGGGGGAUGGCGAUAAGAGAAGGCGGAGAAUCUCGUCUCUUCAAGGGGCAGCUUCGGACAAUCUUGAGAUAUGUGAAUACAACCUUCGUGGCAAGUGCAAUUUUGGCGAUGGAUGUCGAAAGCUGCACAGCGACCAGCACUAUCAAUGGCAGUAUUCUGAUGAUAAUGGACAAACGUGGAAAAACGUUGACCUUAACGUUACCAUAGAAGAAAAAUUCUGCGAUAUCAGAACGGAUGGUGUAAAGGAUCAAGCAAGGGUUCUCUGUUUUAAGACGAUGAAGUUGGCUUCGAUGGAUGUCCGUCGUUUAGAAACUCCAUCGACGAAAACAUCCCAGUUGAACUCCUGGCAGAGUGUCCUGGCAACCAAGUGGCAGUGGUACUUCCAUGACAACGGAAACAUCUGGGUGCAGUACGCCAAUAAUGCUGAAAUUGAGGAGGCAUACCAAAAAUUUCGUUCGACUGGACAAGAUCCCACAUUUAAGUUUGAGACAGAGCAGUUUCGCUACGUGUUGGACUUUCCGAGCAUGACGCAGAAGAACAGGAAGCUUGGCACAAAGCGUGAGGUGCGCAGACGACCAAAGUUUGUCUCCAAAGACAUGUGCGAAAGGAGUCUGCAGAAAAUGAAGGUGCUGGGUGUGAUUUUGCCCAAGAAUUGGGAUGCCCACCUGGCGCCCGCAGACCCCCAGAGCAACUUUGUGCUGAGCAAGCUGGACCGCAAACUUCACGCAGAAGAGCACAAGUUGGUCUCUGACCGCUUUGCAGAAAAGAUGAACGCAAGCUCCAUCGUGAGAAUUGAGCGAGUGCAGAACAACGAGCUGUGGCACGAGUUUACAGUACGGCGGGAUUACAUGCGAGACAGACAAGUAGAUUCCAGGAAAGUGCCGGCGGAACUGAUGUUGUUCCACGGCACGGAGAAACACGUCAUCGAGGCUAUCUGUCAGCAAAACUUUGACCACCGCGUGAGCGGCUCCCGAGUGGGCACCAAAUACGGCCAGGGUAGCUACUUCAGCAAGAGCGCCAAGUACUCGGACGCCUACGCCAGCCCUGAUUCCAAAGGCCGUGGCCGCAUGUUCCUGGUUCGAGUCCUGGUGGGUUCUUACACCCGCGGGGAUCCCAAAUACCGCAGGCCCCCGCUGAGGGACACGAGCAAGCUGCACGGUCCGUUGUUCGAUUCCUGCGUGGACAAUCCCAUCGACCCCCUGAUCUUCGUCAUUUUCGAUCGAAAUCAGGUGUACCCUGAGUAUCUGAUCACCUACAAAAAAUGAGUGUAACACGCAGGUCAUGUAAUAUGCAAUACUCAUGGAAUGGUAAAUAAGAAGUGUUUUAAUUGAUUAGUCACUGUGCCUGCCUAUUCCCUGUAGCACUAGAAACCACCAGAGCACUCAAUACAGUUUGGGGGCUUGGGCCCCCCUCCCCUUCCCCCACCUUCAGGAGCCCCCCCCCCCCAAAAAAAAAACCCCAAAAAAAACCAACAAAAAAGUUGCCAGACUGAAAAAUUGCAAUAUUUUGCACAGAGACGACUUUGUACAGUAAUGUGAUCUUAAAUAAUUCCUCCUAUCAUAAGUUAACGGUGCCAGAAAAAGAAGUUCAUUAUUCAGUUGUACAUGAAUGACAUUUGCUAGAAUUAUGUUUGAAUUCUACACUAGCAAAUAAAUUGAAAGUUUCAAUCAAAGGAAUUCCAAAUUAACAUCCAAAUAAAGAAAAAGAACAAAAGGA